GGACCCUCACUCAUUUCUCCUUCCUUUUCCACUCCGGUUUUGCUGCUGCAGAGGAUGCUCCCGGGGAGCAUGGGGAGGUGGUCAGCACCAUUUCCAGCAGCAUGAACCCGCUGCAGCCGCCGGACGCCUCUUCCGAGGAACCUUUCACCACUUACUUCGACAGCAAGAUCCCGAUUCCCGAGGAUGAAACGCACUCGUGCUUCAGUUUCCGCAAGCUCUGGGCUUUCACGGGGCCGGGCUUUCUGAUGAGCAUCGCCUACCUGGACCCGGGCAACAUCGAGUCAGAUUUACAGUCCGGGGCUGUUGCAGGAUUUAAGCUGCUCUGGGUCCUGAUGCUGGCGACGAUCAUCGGGCUGCUCCUGCAGCGGCUGGGGGGACGGGUGACAGGGCUGCACCUCGCCGAGGUCUGCAACCGCCAGUACCAGAAGGUCCCUCGGAUCAUCCUGUGGCUGAUGGUCGAACUCGCCAUCAUCGGAUCCGACAUGCAAGAAGUCAUCGGCUCGGCGAUCGCUAUCAACCUCUUGUCUCUGGGGAAGAUCCCGCUGUGGGGCGGUGUGCUCAUCACCAUCGCCGACACCUUCAUGUUUCUCUUCCUGGAUAAAUACGGCUUGCGAAAGCUGGAGGCGUUCUUCGGGUUCCUCAUCACCAUCAUGGCCCUGACGUUCGGAUACGAGUACAUCACCGUCAAACCCAGCCAGCAGAAGCUGCUGCAGGGGCUGUUCGUCCCCUACUGCCAGGGCUGCGGCACGCCGCAGCUGGAGCAAGCCGUGGGCAUCGUGGGCGCCGUGAUCAUGCCGCAUAACAUGUACCUGCACUCCGCCCUGGUCAAGUCGCGGCAAGUGAACCGUGCAAACAAGAAGGAAGUCCGAGAAGCUAACAAGUAUUUCUUCAUCGAGUCCUGCAUCGCUCUCUUUGUCUCCUUCAUCAUCAACAUCUUUGUUGUGACCGUCUUUGCCGAGGCUUUCUACGACAAGACGAACGCGGAUGUGAGCGCCGUCUGCGUGAACGCCAGCAGCCCGCACUCCUCGCUCUUCCCGAACAACAACGAGACACUGGAGGUGGAUAUCUACAAGGGGGGCGUCGUUCUGGGCUGUUACUUCGGCUCUGCUGCUCUCUACAUCUGGGCAAUCGGGAUCCUCGCUGCCGGCCAGAGCUCGACGAUGACGGGGACGUACUCUGGGCAGUUUGUCAUGGAGGGCUUCCUGAACCUGCGGUGGUCCCGCUUCGCCCGGGUGCUGCUGACCCGCUCCAUCGCCAUCACCCCCACCCUCUUCGUCGCCAUCUUUCAGGACGUCGAGCACCUGACGGGCAUGAACGACUUCUUAAAUGUUCUUAUGAGCCUCCAGCUUCCGUUCGCCUUGAUCCCUGUCCUGACGUUCACCAGCCUGCCCAGCGUCAUGAAUGAUUUUGCCAACGGAUUGUUCUGGAAGAUCGCUGGUGGGCUGCUGAUCCUCCUGAUCUGCAGCAUCAACAUGUACUUCGUGGUGGCCUAUGUCAUGUCCCUGAACCACGUGGGUCUGUACGUCGGCGCUGGCAUCCUCAGCGUGCUCUACCUCUCCUUUGUGGCGUAUUUG